UCAACAGAACGUUGGGUGCGUUGGGUGUUGGAUUACUCGCAGACGCCAGUAGCAGCCGAUAGGAGUUUAUGCGUGUUAGUUUUUCUUAGUUCAUUGUAUCAUUUGGACUGAUAGGACGCGUUAUAUCGCAUAAUUGGGCGGGGUCCUUCCGUCGCUUCCAAUCAUUAAGAUCUAAUUUACAUUAAUAAAUCAACGAGGUUCUUGUAUUCAAGAAUAAUAAUAACAAUCGUGGUGAUAAAAUAAAUAUUGUCAGAGUAAAUUCAGUCCUGUAUUGGGUGUGUCAUGAUGCGUGCUGCUGGUUUAACUGUCAUAUGUGCAUUACUGCAAAUAGUUGCGGGUCAACGUACUCCAACGAUAUCUUAUAUCUCACAGGAACAAAUCAAAGAUAUCGGUGAAUCUGUAGAAUUACGAUGCAUCGUUCAAUAUGCAAGUGACUAUCCUAUUUUGUGGAUUAAGAUUGAUAAAUCAUCAAAUGAUCAAGUUACACUGUCUUAUAAUCAAGGAGUGGCACUUAGAGACAGCAGAUUCUCUCUUAAACAUGAACAAGCAUCCAGUAGUUACAUUUUACAAAUUAAAGACAUACAAGAAACGGAUGCUGGAUUAUAUCAAUGUAAAAUACAGCUCAGUUUAACCAAUCAUAUAAAUGCACAAGUUGAAAUAUUAGUUCGUAAACAACCGAUAAUUAGUGACAACUCGACCCAAUCUCAAGUGGUCAGCGAAGGACAAUCUAUUUUACUGGAGUGCUAUGCCACUGGCUAUCCAGCGCCAAGAAUUUCAUGGCGCAGGGAGAACAAUGCAAUCCUGCCUACUGGAGGAUCGAUUGCUCGCGGUCACAAAUUGAAGAUAUCUUCCAUUCAAAAAGAUGACCGUGGAACUUAUUACUGUGUUGCUGAAAACGGCGUUGGACGUGGGGCUAGACGUAAUAUCAAUGUGGAGGUUGAAUUUAAGCCAGUGAUUUCGGCUGCAAGACCACGACUCGGACAGGCUUUGCAAUACGACAUGGAUUUAGAGUGUCACGUAGAGGCGUAUCCACCCCCAGCUAUUAUCUGGCUCAAGGAUGGAAUUCAGUUGUCAAAUAAUCAGCACCACACUAUAUCACAUUUUGCAACUGCCGACGAAUAUACCGACUCCACGCUUCGAGUUAUUACUAUAGAAAAACGGCAAUAUGGAGAAUACAAAUGCCGUGCAGCCAACAAACUAGGCACUGAUGAGACAACAAUUGAGCUUUUUGAAACUAUUAUCCCAGUUUGCCCGCCAGCUUGUGGCCAAGCUUAUUAUGGAACUGAUGUAGUCCCAAUUUCUUCAGGACCUUUGGUAGCUCUAGUUUUAUUAAUUACAAUGUUAAUGAGAAAUUUCCACGCCAAAUAUUAAUUAUCCAGGUCUACAAUGGGCUGCAGCAAGUCAAUGCGACUUCUUAAUAUGGCUCUAUAUCAUUAUCUCUAUUGUUGUAGUUGUAACUCUGUAAAAUUGAAACUGAAAUUGUGACGGCCUCGAUUAACAUUUUACUAACUUUUUAUAUUUGCAUAUCAUACGACAAAUUUUAUAAUUACUUCUAAAUGACAAUUUACCAAAAA